UAAAAGAAUAUCUUCCAUCAAAGCCGGCAAAAAUAUAACUUUUUAAUAAAAUCUUUUGUUGACCAUUUUUGAAAUAAAACAAGAACAGCAAUCAAGAAGUAAAAAGACUGAACAGCUUCUGUUCUUGAGUGCAUUCUGUAUGUCAGCAAACUCUUUCUACGAUGGCGGAAUCUUUCUUUGAAAUAUACCGUGGCGCUGGCUCUGCCGCUAGUUCCCGACCACACCACACAACUCCCGUCCAGUCACCUCCUCGCUCCUUCUCCAGCCCUCGAACGUACCCAUUCCCAAAUUCACAAAGAACCCGUUAUAAACCUGUACCUCCAACCACUCCUUUUGCCUCCGACAAUGACCGUUCAUGGCAAGCCGAGAUUUCAUGGCAGGCUGAACCUGUUCCAGCCAACCAUGGCAACGCGCUUGGUGCUGCAUUGAGCCCAUGGACCAUACCACCAUCCUCACCUUCACCUAUUAAAACACCCGGAAGCCGUGUGUUUCGCCAGGCAGCUAAGGACUAUUAUGUUUCGGGUAUUUCCGGUGGUGAUGUUAGUUUUCGUAACUUUACUAAUCCGUACUACGAAUAUUCAAAUGUUUUGUCGCCCGGUAGAAUCGAGCUACAAAGCCAUGAAGCCAGUCAUCAACCACCACAUAGUACUUCAUUCAUUGGUGGUUACCUACAAUCACCUACUUUUGCAAGAAUGGGAACUUUUACUACUAAAAAAUCCGACGAAUACGUUGUUGUCGAUGAAGACGAUGAUGGCAUAGAGGAUACAGUAAGAAAAAACAAACAAGAUCCUCGUUGGUAUUCUGUUUCGCGUGCGUAUGUUGAUGGUGAUAACAGUCCUCGUAACGGGAUUUCCUUUAGAAGUUAUGAUCAUCAUGAUAUCAUCCAUGGCUACGACGAUGAUGGACAAAUGUCUCGCAUGUCUCGCACUCCUCAGUAUUUUUAUAGUUAUGUGCAGGAGGGAGAGGAUUAUGAUGAUGAGGACGAAGAUGAAGUUGCACCACAGAAAAGUGUCGGGAUUUUCGGUUUGUUCAAGUAUUCGACAAAACUGGAUAUGUUUCUUAUAAUAAUUGGUUGUUUGGGUGCUUUGAUAAACGGAGGGUCUCUACCGUGGUACUCUUAUCUUUUUGGAGAUUUUGUCAAUAAGAUUGCUUUAGACAAUGACAAGGAUGAGAUGAUAAGAGAUGUAAGAAAGGUAUGUGUGCUUAUGGCGGGAUUAGCAGGAAUAGUUGUAAUUGGAGCCUAUUUACAGAUUGCUUGUUGGCGAUUAGUGGGCGAGCGAUCAGCUCAUAGAAUAAGAACCAAGUACCUAAGGGCAGUUCUAAGACAAGAUGUGAGCUUCUUUGACACAGACAUUAGUACAAGUGAUAUCAUGCAUGGAAUCUCAAGUGAUGUUGCUCAAAUUCAAGAAGUUAUGGGGGACAAGAUGGCACACUUCAUUUAUCACAUAUUUACCUUCAUCUGUGGCUACACCGUUGGUUUUUUAAAAUCUUGGAAGGUUUCUCUUGCGGUUUUUGCUGUCACUCCUCUAACAAUGUUCUGCGGCGUUGCUUAUAAGGCGGUCUAUGUUGGCCUUGCUACAAAAGAAGUGAAUUCUUACAAGAAAGCUGGUAGCAUAGCAGAACAAGCGAUAAGUUGUAUCAGGACGGUGUUUUCGUUUGUGGCAGAAGAGAAUGUAGCAGCAAGAUAUGAUGCAGUAUUGGACGAAUCGGUCCCGGUUGGAAAGAAACUUGGUUUUGCAAAGGGAAUAGGAAUCGGUGUAAUAUAUCUGGUUAGUUAUUCGACAUGGGCGUUAGCUUUCUGGUAUGGAUCAAUUUUGGUUUCAAGAAACGAAUUAUCCGGUGGUGCAGCCAUUGCUUGCUUCUUUGGUGUCAAUGUUGGCGGCAGGGGUUUGGCGUUAUCUCUAUCAUACUUUGCUCAAUUUGCACAAGGGACUGUAGCAGCUAGUAGAGUGUUUGAAGUUAUAGACAGAAUCCCAGCCAUUGAUCCUUAUAGCACUAUAGGAAGAAAACUUAAGAGUGUACGCGGAAGAUUGGAGCUCAAAAAUGUUUCCUUUGCGUACCCGUCCCGCAAGAGUAUCCCGAUUCUGAAUUCUCUAAAUUUGGUGAUUCCAUCUCAAAAAAUUUCAGCGCUAGUCGGUGCUAGUGGAGCGGGGAAAUCUACCAUCUUUGCUCUUUUAGAGAGAUUUUAUGAUCCUAAUGAAGGGUUGAUAUUGCUUGAUGGUCAAGAUAUAAGGAGUUUACAAGUGAAAUGGCUAAGAAGUCAGAUGGGGAUGGUGGGUCAAGAGCCGGUCCUCUUUGCGGACACGAUUCUCGAAAAUAUUUUAAUGGGGAAAGAGAAUGCGACAAAGAAAGAAGCCAUUGAUGCUUGCAUUGCUGUGAAUGCACAUAAAUUCAUCAGUGACCUACCACAAGGCUAUGAUACCCAGGUGGGGGAGAAAGGAACCCAAUUGUCAGGGGGUCAGAAGCAACGCAUUGCGUUAGCUCGUGCAAUGAUCAAAGAUCCCAAGAUCCUUCUUUUAGAUGAACCCACAAGUGCCUUGGACCCCACGUCAGAGUCGCUUGUUCAACAAGCGAUUGACGGAAUCUCGAAAGGGAGAACGACAAUCGUCAUUGCUCACAGGCUGGCAACUGUCAAGAACGCAGAAACAAUCGUUGUUCUUGAGCAAGGAUCUGUUGUUGAAACAGGUGACCAUAAUAAGCUCGUGGCACAACAAGGAGCCUACUAUUCGUUGAUUAAACUUGCAUCCGAAGCUAUAUCGUCAAACGACCCUGUAUCCAAACAGGGUAAAACAGGCGUAAACCAAGAAACAUCUGGUAAUUUCGAUCUUCUGAAACAAAAUCAUGUAUAUGACAUAUCAGUAUCCGGGUACAUGAAAUCCGUUCACGAGGUGAACCGAUUAGAACCAGAAAAGUUGACCAAAGUGAAAUCAUACAAGAUUAGUCAAGUAUGGAAGUUACAAAAACCGGAAGCUGGUCUUUUGCUUCUUGGUUUAAUCUUCGGUAUGCUCGCAGGUGUAAUCCUCUCACUAUUUCCAUUACUUCUAGGACAAGCGCUUAAAGUCUAUUUUAAUCCCGACAAAUCUAAGUUAAAAAAGGAUGUCGGGUACAUCUGUCUGGCAAUAGCCGGGCUCGGGUUCGGGUGCAUUCUAACCAUGACAGGGCAACAAGGGUUCUGUGGCUGGGCUGGUACUAAACUCACCAAACGGGUUCGCAAUUCCCUCUUUCGUUCUAUACUAAAUCAAGAGCCCGGUUGGUUUGACCAGGACCAGAACUCAAGCGGGUCACUUGUCUCGAAACUAUCCAUCGACUGCACAACCUUUCGGUCAAUCCUUGGCGACAGAUACUCUGUUCUGUUCAUGGGUUUAAGCUCAGCCGCUGUCGGUCUUACCGUCUCCUUUUACAUCCAAUGGAGGCUAGCCGUUUUGGCUACUUUGGUCACACCGUUCACGCUCGGAGCUAGCUACUUCAGCUUAAUAGUCAACCUCGGUUCGAACCUCGACAACCGUUUUUACGACAAAGCAAGUACCAUAGCAUCUGGUGCAGUAUCAAACAUCAGAACAGUAGCAACAUUUGCAACCCAAGAAAAGAUUGUCCAAUCUUUCAACCAAUCUUUAUCCAAACCCAAAUCAACUUCCAUAAAAAGAUCACAAAUCACAGGAAUCGCAUUAGGGUUAUCACAAGGCGCAAUGUACUCAGCUUACACUCUAGUUUUGUUCUUUGGGGCCCACCUUGUGAAAACAGGGUACACCCAAUUUGGAGAUGUGUACAAGAUUUUCUUGAUUCUGGUUUUGAGUUCGUUUUCAGUUGGUCAAUUGGCGGGACUUGCUCCAGAUACUUCAAUGGCAUCUUCUGCAAUUCCGAACGUUUUCGAAAUCUUGAACCGGGUUCCGUUAAUUAGAGGAAAAGGGUCAAGAAUUGAGGGAUCAAAGGCGUUUGAUUUGGAGUUUAAGAUGGUGAGUUUUGCUUACCCAUCAAGGCCUGAUGUGGGUGUGUUGAAAGAUUUUUGUUUGAAGGUGAAAGGUGGGACCUUUGUGGCAGUUGUGGGUGGAAGUGGGUCCGGGAAAUCGACGGUUAUAUGGUUGUUGCAACGGUUUUAUGAUCCGAUUCGAGGAAGGGUGUUGAUGGGUGGGGUGGAUUUGAGGGAUCUUGAUGUGAAAUGGCUCCGGAUGCAAAUGGGUUUGGUGAGUCAGGAGCCUGCAUUGUUUGCUGGUACGAUUCGGGAGAAUAUUAGAUUUGGGAACCCGAAUGCUUCGUGGUCAGAGGUCGAAGAAGCUGCUAAAGAAGCUCAUAUUCAUAAUUUUAUUUGUGGACUCCCUCAAGGUUAUGAAACUGAGGUUGGUGAGAGUGGGAUUCAACUAUCAGGAGGUCAGAAACAGAGGAUAGCAAUAGCACGAGCUAUAGUGAAGAAACCAAAGGUGUUAUUACUCGACGAGGCCACAAGUGCACUAGAUUUGGAAUCCGAGAAGCAUGUUCAAGAAGCACUAAGGAAGAUCAUCAAACACACCACUACCAUUGUCGUGGCCCACCGCCUCUCCACCAUUAGAGAAGCCACCGUUAUAGCGGUGGUCCAAGAUGGUAAAGUGUCUGAAUAUGGAACUCAUGACACACUCAUGGCCAGUCAUUAUGAUGGUGUUUAUGCUACCCUUGUACGUUCCGAAAUUGAAGCUAAUGCUUUUGAUUAAUUGAAAUAAUAAUCUUUUAUUUAUUUAA